AUGUCCAAUGCAACGACCAAAGACGUUCUCGAUGGACUUCAGUCAUUCCUACCGUUGCUCUUUGAACCGCCAUCUCAAUCUUCUUCUAUCACCGUCAAUGUCAUCGAUUCUACGCCCACUGCGACCAGCCGCACCCCUGACGCCGCCUUCGCCCUCGCCAAACCCGACGUCAGCCAUCAGCCCUACUCAAACGCCGGUCAGACGUACAAAUGUCUCCUCUGCUUGUCAGCGCUGCAGGGUUGCGCGGCGCAAGGCUCUAGCCGUGAGUGCCUCUACCGGACCGACCACAGGACCAGGAAAUAUCGGCAGACGUUGGUGACAGAGCGCAAUGAGAGAACAACAGAGUUGGACGGGCUUCUCCACGCCAUCCGCACGUCUUCUGAGACGGAGGCAUUAGAAAUUCUACGGUCGUUGCGUUCGGGGUCUGACGUCUCCACUGCACUCAAGUUUGUGGAAGGUGUCCGUGCCCAAACGACUCCCAUCCUCCCGCCAUGUACAGGGACAAUAUACAGCAUACCACAAUCAAAAGGACCGCCUGCAGUGCUCCCGUUACAUGGUCUUCUGCAGCCGUUCGACCAAGCCACGAGUCGUCCCAGCUCUAGUGAGCGAAAUUCAGUUCAAUGGACCACGGUAAAUCAAAAUCCUAAAGUCAUCAGUUAUCUGUUGGAUUUGUACUUCACCAACCAUCACCCCAUUUGCCCGGUCAUUCCUGAACCAUUGAUUCGAGCUGAUAUGGCCUCCGGAAGAACAAUAUAUUGCUCGCCUGCGCUGGUCAAUUCUAUACUUGCUGUUGCCUGCACGUUCCUCGGUUUGCAGGACGAUGUCAAAAUAGAUAACGACUCUUGGCCGCCUACCGAAGCGUUUUUCAACGAAACUGAAAGGCUGUUAUCGGAAUACCCCGAACCUAAUUUGACCGCAGUAGCAGCUCUGUGCCUGCUGGCAAUGGUCGAAAACCUGCAGCUUCGCCGUCCGGCUGCUUGCAAGCUUUCACAUCGAGCUUCAUGCAUGGCACUCUUCCUGGGGUUUCAGCCGGGAUUAAUGAGCGAUGGGGAACAAAUCGUAGCCGGAGCGGAUGAAGGGACCCUGGCUGCUGUGCAGCAGCAGCUGUUUUGGGUCUGCUUCCAAGUCAACCAGAUCGUCUCAAGAAAUGCUGGCUACCUGCCUCAAAUCCCGGUCGACGAUUUCGAGAUAAGACCCCCAGAUCUCGAUGACAUUGCCGCACCCAAGCCCUGGGAUGCCUCACCUACAUCUACGCCAUCCCUAGACCGGAGAGACCGAGGUGAUUGUUGGUCUUACCUUGCCGAUCUUGCAAAGAUUGUGCAUGCGAGCAUGUUCCAAAUGGAGUCUCUUGCCAAUGGUCGAAAGGGUAUGGAUAUCAGGCAUUGGGAGGUCAGGUAUCAGGCUUGGUACAACCGCCUACCAGCAUCACUCGCCGUCAGUGACACCGCCCCCGCACACGUAGUAGCGGUGCACAUGUGGUACCAUGGGUGCUUGAUACAAUCAUUUCGACAUGUUUCUACUCCCGAGCAUGGCGGCUUCAACCUUAGAGCGCUUCAAAUCUGUCAGACCGCUGCAAAGGCAAUUACGAAUCUUUUCAGUUGUUAUCGAAGCCGUUGCGGCCUGAGAGGUUUUAACGUCAUAAUGUGUCAAGCCUUGCUUGACGCCUACCACGUUCAUCUCGGCUGGCUCCCCUCGGCUAUCAAGGAUUUGUCGACCGUGGUAGAAGCUUUUCAGGAGCUUUCUAAACGACUAAAAUGGGCUCCAAUGUGGCUCAAGCUGCUUGAAUCCGGUAUCCUGCACUGUCCAGAUGCUAACUCUACUGCGAUGGUUGAGGCUUUGUUUGAAAAGCACAAGAACACAUCGGAAAGGGCCGCCACUGUCCAGGGAUCCUCCACGGAAAAGAUGCCCACAAUGAAUCAUACAAAUGCAUCGAUCACUGUUGACCUCGUUACGAGUGCAGCGCCACUGGGCGCUCAGUAUGAAGCCCCAAUACGACCACCUCACCGGAAUGAAGAUUAUUUCUUUUCGCCUUCGGUCCGACGUUAG